GACCUACGACGUCCAAUUCUACACGGAGACCCGAGCGCAAUUUGAGGACCUGUCCAUGCGUCGGAGCGCCAACUCCUACGACCCUGAUGAGAUCAUGGAGGAGCAGAGAGAAGAGGCGUGUAAGGCGCGCCUCAACCAGUACUUCAAAGACUGGGUGGUGCCCGUGGAGAAGCUGCCCAACUUCAAGCUCCACUUCGAGCAGCCCACCGAGGACCUGGCCAUCUCCGGCACCUACCACCGGGGCACCAGCCCCAUCUUUCUCUGCAAGGACACGAUGGUGUCGGUGCAGGAGUGGCCUCCUUUCGUGCAGUGCAUGAGCGACGUGGAGAUCGUUGUCUUUGAGCGCGCCCUGCUGGUCACCCGGGAGUUCGACUUGGCCAUGGUGAAGAAGGACUACUGCGCCGCGCCAGUCAAGAUCGUGAUGGUUCCGGCGGCGGGGAUGAACAUUCUCAAGAGCUGGCUCGGCGACUUGAAGCUGGUAUGGUACUCCGUGCACAUGAACAUGAUGUGGCAGGGUGUGAUGAGAGACAUCAUCGCGAACAUGGAUGAGUUUGUGGAGAAAGACGGCUGGCAAGCGUGGUUCGACGACGAGGAGUCCGAGGCCGAUGACGCCGCCAAGGACAGCGGCGAGAGCGACUUUGAGGCGGAGGAUGAAGAGCCUGACGACGACUUUGGGGAGAUUGAAGGGGAUGAGGACUCUUCAGCAGAACCGGAAGAAGAAGAUGAUGACGAUGAUGCGGAAGAGGACGAGGAUUUCGAUGAGGAGGACGAGGACGAGGACGGAAUCUGA